GGUAACUGAAAUUUACUAAAAAUAUAUAUUAAGAAAAAAAUACAGAAAACAAAUUGAAGCGAAAAAUAAAGGUGGUUCUCUUCUCCGUCCGCCAUCUGUGAUUUUGAUCCUGUUUCGUCGCAUCCAUGGGCAGAAGAAAUUCAGAAUUUGCGGUAAUUUUCGCAGCAAUCGAGCACUCAGCUCACGAUUUUCUCGUUGAUUUGAAGCGAAUUAAGGUCAGAGUUCGUAAAUGAUUCGUUAUAAUUUUUUAAAAUUUCUGGAAGCCAAGGCGUGAUUUGAUGUGAUGUGGUGUUAACGACGGAGAUUGGGGGAAUGUUUCUGGUUUCGGUGAUUGUAUUCAUUCAUUGAUAAGGUUAUCUAAUUUGUGGAAGAUGUGAUUGAUGUUUACGGCGAGGAUUUGGGGGAAUGUCUUCGGUUUGGGUGCUUGGCGAGAUUCAUUGAUAAGGUUAGGUUAGGUUAUUUACGGAAGAAAUGGGGAAGAGCUUGUAUCUUCAAGGAUCUCAGUCAUCUCCGGACUUGCACAACUCUGGAAAGAUGAAAGGAAUAUUACGCCAUUUUCACCACAAUCCAUGGCAUAAAGUGAAGAAGAAACUCCCUCACAAGAAGCACGAUAAAGAGAACAACAAAACUACUUCGGAAGCUGCUCAAACGCAAAGAAACAGUGAUUCCGACGUUGAUAACAUUGUAAUUAGCGGUGAAAUUGUGAAGAAAACUUCCCCUCGCUAUCAGGUUGUGACUAAAGGCAUGGAGCUUAGUCGAUUAACUAAAAGCUCGAUGAAAUCUCGACUAAAAUCUUUGAUUACUGAAGAGAUGUAUAGAAAGAAGAGCCGCCAUCGAAGAACUACAUCUUGCCCCGAAAACACAGAUCAGGAUGAACCCAUUCCUGCUGGUAAUCGAAAAUCCUAUGAUGCAGAAUCAGCUGCUGAGGACAGUAGUACUGAUGAGGUAUUGAAGAGUAAUAAUAGGGUGAAUCCUGUUGCUUUAUUGGAUCCUGUCCUUCCUAAAAUCGGCAGGAAUUACUUGAAGCAAAGUGAGAUUCAAAAGAUAGUUCGACAACCAGUUAGAGAUCAUACUCUUCUUAAGGAUGAGUCGAUAUUUGCAAUAGAGCCGAGCAAAGAUGCUUCGCUUCAAGAAUCGAAGCUGUUUAUGGAUGCUCUGGACUUACUCAACGUGAGAAAAGAAAUGUUCCUGAGAAUUGUACAAGAUCAAAGUUCAUCGUUAGCUCAGCAGAUGCAGACUGUCCGGAAAUCCAAUCUCCAGUCUAGUUUAACUAAAUCCUCGACAUUUCCAAUGCCCGGUUCGUCAGCCAGGCAAAAUCAUGAGCAAGAGAAUUCCAUCGACAGUCAAGAAAAUGGUUCCUCUACAAAAGAGGAGGAGGACAAAUUGCAGCAGUCGGAGGAAGAUGACAAGCAGUCGACAUUGUCUAGAGGUUCGGAUGUCGAAAAUGGUGUACCCCCACAGGAGCUCAAACCAUUGAAUAAUUGUUCUUCACCUUCAUCCAACAUGUUAAGGAAAAUGCACAAUAGUAAAGUUUCCCUCAACCAUUUCAAGAAGCUUAGGGCUAAACUGAAGGUUGUGGUUCGGGGUAAAACUCCAAAGAAGGAUCAUAUUGUUUGGGAUGCAGUACAGCACAAAGUUCCUUAUGGUCAGCACAUUGCUCCGGAAGAAACGGCAGAAAAGCUUAGCAAAUAUGCAGCUGGCAUUCGCCAACCAGGUUCUGAAUUUGGAAAACCCUCGCUGCGAAGCUUCAGAAGAUCAUCGUCGUUUAAUGAAUCAGUCGAUAAAUAUAAUCGGCUACUUGACACUAGCUCCGAUAGAGAUUCACAAGAAGGUAAAUCUAGGAAGAAUUUGCUCACUUCCAGGGAAGAUAACGGAUUCUCAUCCCUUCCAAAGAGGCUUCCCGCCACUUUGCAAAGGAAUCUUUCGCUCCCGACUCUCAGGCCUUCCUUUUCAAUGCGAAAUCCAGAGAGUGCUCCCGACACAAAUGCAUCCAGAAACACAUUUGAUGGUAGUUUUGAUGCAACUGAACAUAACUCAUUAUGUGUUGGUUUAGAAGACAAACUUGAACCAUCUUCUUUUUCGGAAAGUGAAAUCCAACAGGAAGUGCCGGAUUUUGGUAAGACAUCUUAUGAUUUGGUUAAUUCCAUGGCUUGGGAGAGUCCAUUGCCCAAGGCCUCCAAUGUUGAACACCAUCCAGUUUCUCGAAAUGAUCUUAACUAUCAGGAAGGAGAAAGUUGUCGGGACCCUACAGUAUUAGCUUCGAAAGAUUUGAAAGAGGAUUCUUUAGCCAUUCAGGAGGAGGAGGAGGAUGAUACAGUCGACAUUGAUGCCAUGGAAAGUAAAGUAAAGCAAUACUACGGAGAUCAAUUACGUAUUCAGGUGGAUGCAAAGAACGAAGCUGAAUUUAACUACGUGAAAGAGGUUCUAGAACUGUCGGGGUUCAGCAGGGACGAGAUUUUAGGGAAAUGGUACUCGGAAGAGUACCCUGUCGAUCCAACGGUGUUUGAUGAAGUGGCAGGGUGUUUAGUUGAUUGGUCUGGGAAUGAAGAAGGUGAAAUCCGCGAUCAUAUGCUUUUAUUCGACCUGAUUAACGAAGUCUUAUUAAGUAUCUACGAACGGUCAUGUUGCUACUGGCCAAUGCCCCUUACUAGCCUGUCUCUCGUCCGUCAAACCCCUAAAGGCCAACGUGUUCUGGAGGAGGUUUGGUCGGAAAUAAACUGGUUAUUGUGCUCAAGACUCCACGUUUAUGAAUCUGUCGAAGAUCUUGUCGGCCGUGAUAUGGCGAAAUGGGAUGGAUGGAUGAAUCUCCAAUUUGAUACUGAGUGUGUGGGACUUGAGUUUGAAGAUCUCAUCCUUGAUGAUCUUCUUGAAGAGAUUGUUUCUACCUAAGCUUCAGGUAAUUUUUAUUUUUUUGUUAUGUUCUGUUCUUGAUAUGGAAUUAGUUGUCUGAAAAUGUGUUAUGUAGUUUAGAAAUUGGUAGCAUAUAGGAAGUGAUGAUAUAUGUAUGAAUUGAAAUCAUCAAUGAUUUUACAAAAAAAAAAAAUAAUAAUAAUAA